AUGUUCAGGAGAGAAGGAACCGAGCCAUUCGGCUGCAGGACUUGGACUGAAAUUGAGUUUGUUUCUGUAGUUAAAACAGAAGUCACGACAGAGAGUUCCCCUAUCCAGGGACUGACGGACCUCGCUGUAAAGAGGCCCAGUUAUCCAAGCACCACAACCAGCAGCUCGUCUACCAGCAGCGCACAAGGGGAUGUGGAAGACAGGAGGCUGGAGCUGGGGCUUUGGAGAUGUUCUCAUGAAGCGGGGACGGCAGAGAAUAGCCCCCUCCAAGGCCUGCUAAACUGUCUGAAGGAAAUAAUUGUUCAUAAGCCCCGUCAGCCCCACCCAUCGCCCUGCAAAUCGGCCCAGGGCAGCACGCGCGGAGACCCAGGGCAGAGGAGGCUGGAGAGCGAGGAUGGGAGCUCGUCUGUAGAAGUGAAAACAGAAGUAACCGCGGAGGAUCCACAGGACCCCAGCUUGGAGAGCGGUCCAUCAGCCAGGCCUGUGAGCAAAGCCAGCCCUCCUGCCAGGCCGUCCAGCUGCUCCCCCCCUAGCAAGGCGGAAGGAGAGGCCAGGGGUAGGAGCCUAUUUGGCGAAGGAGCCGUUAAAAGGGAAGGAGCUGCGGAGAGCUCCCCCGCCCAGGGCCUGCUGAGCUGCUGGAGAGACGUGAGCAGCCCCUGUCGUCCCGCCCGGCCAGCCUGCAGCUCCCCCACCAGCAGCGCCCACCAGGGGGCGGAGCAGAGGGGGCUGGAGCCGGGGCCCUGGCGUGGUCCUUGGGAAGAGGCGGCGCUGGAGGACUCCCCGCUGCGCGGCCUGGAGAACUGCCUGAAGGACAUCGCUGUGACCAGCCCCCGUUGCUCCCGCCUGCCCGCCAGCCACGGCGCGCAGAGAGCCCUGGGGGAGAGGCCAGGGCGAGGAGCUGGGAGCCUGGCCGCCGAAGAAGCAGCGACAGAGGAUUCCCCCCUGCGUGGCCUGCUGAGCUGUGUGACGGACAUGGCUGUACCCUCCCCCCAGCAUCCCAGCCCGCCGACCUGCAGCGCCUCGACCAGCGGCGCCGAGCGGGAGCCGGAGCCGAGGGGAGUGGAGGCCGGGCUCUGGAACUCGUCCCCUGAAGAGGUGACUACAGGGACCAGCCCCCUCCACGACCUGGCGAACUGCCUGCAGGAAACACUUGUCAGUACAUCCUGGGCUUCCCGAGUGCUGGCCUGCAACGCAGGAGCAGAUGUGUCACCGAGGAGACCUGCGACGGGCGUGGUGCGGAGCUCGUGUGGAGACGGUGAGCCCAAGAACACACGCGCUGUCACACCGUGGGUCUUGUCGACGGCUGCCCGGCUUGCUGGAGGGUCCCAGCUGCCCACAGACAUCAGCACGGAGACCUCGCCACUCCGAGGUCUGGAGAACUGCCUGAGGGACAUCCCGGUAAAUAAACCCCGCUACCCGCACAUGCCAGCCAGCAUCGCCUUGACCAGCCCCAUGCAGAGAGACAUGGGACAGAGGAGGCCAGGGGUCGGGACAAGGAGAUCACUUGGAGAAGACGUCAGUACAGAGAAUUCACCGCUGCGAGGCCUGGAGAACUGCCUGAAGGACAUUCCUGUGCCUAGCCGUAGUCAGUCCAAUACCCCAGGCAGCCGCUCCUCUCUGAGCAGCUCACCGGCUCCACGGGGCAGACUGGAGACCGCGGGGUGGCCAGUGAAAACAGAAGCAGGGGCCGUCUCCGAGGUCACGCCACCCCUCCAAGGCCUGGAGAACUGUCUGAAGGACAUACCCGUGACCAGGCCCAGAGGCUCCAGUGCAACAACUAGUUACUCCUGCACCGGCAAAGUCCCGGGAGAGGUGGAGCAGAGGAGACCGGUGCCGAGGCCCUGGAGAGCAUGCGCGGCAGGUGCCCAUGACACGUCCCAGCCGGCCCUGAUGCUGGGGGUUUGUAUGGUUAAACCAGCAGCAAGUGCGGAGAGCUCCACCCUCUACGGACUGAUGAACUGCUUGAAGGAAAUACCCGCCGGCCGGCCGCGCUAUGCCAGCAUCCCGUCUAGCUACUCCUCCAGCAGCAGUGCCGACGGGGAGAGGGACCCGUGGGGCGCUGGGCCAGGGACGUGGAGGUGGGGCACUGAAGAACUGAGCCCCGAGAACUCCCCUCUCCGAGGCCUGGAGAAGUGCCUGCAGGAGAUCUCGGUGCCCAGGCCCCAGACCCCCAGCGCCCCAGCCCCAGCCGCUGUGGUGGGCAGCCGGCAAGGAGACACAGCGCAGAGGAGGCCAGAGACGGGGCAUUGGGACUGGCACGGUGCAGCUACAGUCAGCGCCCGUGUCCAGGGCCCAGGGCGCUGUCUGAAGGCUCUACCUGGAACCAGACCCAGCCACGCCAGCCGCUCGUCUCCCCACAGCACAGCGGGAUGCAGCAGCCCAGAGGCUGGGAUUUCGAGAUUUCAGGCUGAAGAUAAAAGGCAAGCGGAAAACCUCCCAGGCCUGGAGGAUUAUUUGGAGGAAGUAGCUGCGCCCAGAUCCCGUCCUGCCCAGUCCCCUCCCAGCAGCGCUCGGGGAGAGGCAGAGCGGCAGGAAUGGGAUGUGCACACGAGGAGUUCCGGUAGCAGAGAAGUGGCGGCGGGGAGCUCGCCCCGCCCCAGGCUGAACUGUGUGAAAGAGAUCACUGCCGACAGAGCAACGCCUUCCUCGCCGCCUGCCCGCGCUGUGCAGGGAGACGUGACGCAGCACAGAGCAGAGAACACGGGGAGGAAGCUGUCCGGGGAAGACAGUACGGCCGAGACUGCCCAUCUCCCAGGCCUGGAGACUUGCUGGAGCGCAGUGCCUGUGAGCCAAUGUACCUGUGCCAGCACCCCCCUCGGCAUGUCCUCCAGCAGCAGGCCCCGCAGGGCCGGGGGGGAGAGGGGUCCACAGCCAGGGCUUUGCAGGCUGCACGGAGAAGGGCCUGGGACCCCCACUCACAGACCAGGCCCCCGUUGUGCCAGGCGCUGGACAGACACAGAGCAAAGAGGGUCCCUGCCCAGAGCCGAAGUGAUGCCAGCUGACGCCCCUCGCUCUGGCCCCGCGACCUGCCCACAGGGAACCCAUGGAAACGGGCCCGGUCGUUCCAACACGCCGAGCGGUACCUCACCUGCCCACAAUGCGCUGGGCCACAGGCGUCCUAGGAGACCCAGGACAGGGAUUAAGAGACCAUACACGGAAGCCAGGACAGACGCUGCCCGACCCCCGAGCACCGGCUCCUGCACUUCUAGUGAAGACGGUGGACAAAAGGCGGAUGCUGCGUGGGAGGAAUGUCCCAAGAGACCAUGCCCCAGCGCAGCGCCGUCUCCCUGGGAGUGCUGCGGCUGGGAGAGUGGGACGCCCCGGGACCUCAGGGUGGAGAGGAGCGCGAUCGAGGCCGUCCUCUCGGAGAAGAUGGACCGGGUCUCCCAGGAUUUCGCGGCCACGUGCAGGGACGUGUCGAGCAUGCAGAGCCGCGUGGCCCAGCUGGAGCGGGACUCGAGGGGCUGGGCUCUCGAGCUGGCAGUCCUCCAGAAAGGCAACAAGCGCCUGAGCGAGACCGUGCGGCGGCUGGAGAGCCGCUGCCACGUGCUGGAGAACCGCGCCCGCCGCAACUGCCUGCGGCUGGCGGGCCUGCCGGAGGGGGCGGAAGGGGGAGACCCCGUCGCCUUCCUGCAGAGGACCCUGCCCACGGUGCUCAGCCUGCCGGCGGACUGGCCGCCCCUGGAGAUCGAGAGCGCGCGCCGCGUGCACGGGGGGGCGCGCUGGGACCCUGCCACCCGGCCCCGGGCGCUGGUCUUCCGCCUGCUGCGCUUCUCCGACAAGCUGGCCAUCAUGCGAGCGGUCAGGAAACGCGCGGAGCCCCUGACCUGCGGCGGCGCCAGGGUCGCCCUCUUCCCGGACGUCUGCCCCAAGCUGCGCCGGAGGAGGGGGGCGCGGUACGCGGCUGUCAGGAGGCUGUGGCGGGUGGCGGAGCUCCGCUUGGGCGCUCCGCCCUCCACUUGUUACAAUACAAGGGCUCACCCCCCUUUGAGUCACAGGGUCCGUCUCCACUCUGCCCCGGAGACCACAGUGCCCCCUGGGUCCGGCCUGGAGCUCUCCGGAUUCCCUGACUCUUUUAACCAGCCCCCGACCCCGGGUGAGUCGCGCACGCUGCUACGUCUCGGCAGCAGCUUCCCAGGGAAGAGCCUUCAGGUGCCCGGCCUGUGCAUGCAGGGGCAGAAACCUCCCUGGUGCAUCUUACUCACAGGGCUGUUGUCAGACCCCUGGCGGCAGGGCGGUUGCAGCCGAGGCCUGGUGGUGGUUUGCUGCCCAGAGCACCGCGCCUCGGUGAAACACGGGAGCACCGCGGGUCCGUGCCAGCAAGAGCACGGCCCCAAUCGCACCCAGCAGCAGCCGCGGGCGCCCCAGCCCCUGUCAAGCGGAAGUAAACCCGUUUCACGCUCCUCUCCCCCUCCGGGGCACGUGAAGAACUGUCCCGGGUCCGUGGGGAUCAGCGGCUGGCGCAGCUCUGAGACCCUGGCUCCGAGGGCAGAGAACGAGGCCUGGGUUGCUCCAGUAGUUGAGUUCUUGGACCGCCUCCCUCACCGUAACCGACUGAACGAGUGCCGGGUCCUGGCAGAGCCCCGGGUCUGA